GGCAGGUUACUUCCCAGCUGUGUCAGUCGCUACGGGGUUGUGCCUGGUGUUAAUUUCUGAAGUGGUCGACUCCGAAUACUUAACAAAGGAUUUGCCGCAAAGGGUACCCUAAAAACUGAACAGAGAAACCCAAAGCAAGCUGCCUGAAUUUUCCUAUAUACUCUUGUUCUACUUCUUACAAAGGACCAGACAAAUCAAAUUGGCAGUUUUUGGUCCCCGGCCGCGGGCGCCUUCCACGCGAUGACCGCAGAGGACUCCAGCGCAGCCAUGAGCAGCGACGCGGCCGCCGCCGGCUCCCAGGCGCCCGAGGGCGUGGCGGGCGCGCCCAACGAGGCGGCGCUGCGGGCGCUGAUGGCGCGCACGGGCUACAGCCUGGCGCAGGAGAACGGGCAGCGCAAGUACGGCGGGCCGCCGCCCGGCUGGGAGGGCCCGCGCCCGCAGCGCGGCUGCGAGGUCUUCGUGGGCAAGAUCCCGCGCGACGUGUACGAGGACGAGCUGGUGCCCGUGUUCGAGGCGGUGGGCCGCAUCUACGAGCUGCGCCUCAUGAUGGACUUCGACGGCAAGAACCGCGGCUACGCCUUCGUCACCUACUGCCACAAGCUGGAGGCCAAGCGCGCCGUGCGCGAGCUCAACAACCACGAGAUCCGCCCGGGCCGCCUGCUGGGCGUGUGCUGCAGCGUGGACAACUGCCGCCUCUUCAUCGGCGGCAUCCCCAAGACGAAGAAGCGCGAGGAGAUCCUGGAGGAGAUCGCCAAGGUCACCGAGGGCGUGCUCGAUGUGAUCGUCUACGCCAGCGCGGCCGACAAGAUGAAGAACCGCGGCUUCGCCUUCGUGGAGUACGAGAGCCACCGCGCGGCCGCCAUGGCGCGCCGCAAGCUCAUGCCUGGCCGCAUCCAGCUGUGGGGCCACCAGAUCGCCGUGGACUGGGCCGAGCCCGAGAUCGACGUGGACGAGGACGUGAUGGAGACCGUGAAGAUCCUCUACGUGCGCAACCUCAUGAUCGAGACCACCGAGGACACCAUCAGGAAGAGCUUCGGCCAGUUCAACCCGGGCUGCGUGGAGCGCGUCAAGAAGAUCCGCGACUACGCCUUCGUGCACUUCGCCAGCCGCGAGGACGCCGUGCGCGCCAUGAACAGCCUCAACGGCACCGAGCUGGAGGGCUCGUGCCUGGAGGUCACGCUGGCCAAGCCGGUGGACAAGGAGCAGUACUCGCGCUACCAGAAGGCGGCCAAGGGCGGCGGCGCGGCCGAGGCGGCGGCGCCGCAGCCCAGCUACGUGUACCCCUGCGACCCCUACACGCUGGCCUACUACGGCUACCCCUACAACGCGCUCGUCGGGCCCAACAGGGACUACUUCGUGAAAGCAGGCAGCGUAAGAGGCCGAGGGCGAGGUGCGGCUGGCAACAGAGCCCCAGGGCCCAGGGGUUCCUACCUUGGGGGAUAUUCUGCUGGCCGCGGUAUAUAUAGCCGAUAUCAUGAAGGAAAAGGAAAGCAGCAAGAAAAAGGAUAUGAACUUGUGCCGAAUUUGGAAAUCUCUACCGUCAAUCCAGUUGCCAUUAAACCUGGCACAGUAGCCAUCCCCGCCAUCGGGGCCCAGUAUUCCAUGUUUCCAGCAGCCUCAGCCCCUAAAAUGAUCGAAGACGGCAAAAUCCACACAAUGGAGCACAUGAUCAGCCCUAUUGCCGUGCAGCCAGACCCAGCCAGUGCCGCUGCCGCGGCCGCUGCCGCCGCUGUUAUUCCUGCUGUGUCGACGCCGCCACCCUUUCAGGGCCGCCCGAUAACUCCCGUCUACACGGUGGCUCCCAACGUGCAGAGGAUUCCCACGGCCGGGCUCUACGGGGCCAGCUACGUGCCGUUCGCCGCUCCGGCCGCAGCCACGAUCGCCACGCUGCAGAAGAACGCGGCGGCCGCCGUGUACGGGGGCUACGCGGGCUACAUACCUCAGGCCUUCCCCGCCGCCGCCAUUCAGGUCCCCAUCCCCGACGUCUACCAGACGUACUGAGCGCUGACAGCGAAGGCAAACCGCGGGAACGCCGCUGAAGGAACGCUUUACUAUUUAUGAAGAAAGAACAUGGUGGAUUCGCACAUACAUGCAGCCUGAAAGUGAAGAAUGCUAUGAAAUCCCAUACUGAAAUAUUUUAUAUACAUGAAGUUUUCACUAGUUUUUUAAGACUAUUUUCAGUUUAGCAGGCCUGUGUUCAUACAUUUCUAAGAGACUUGCAAUGGUUCGUGCCUUGAUACCAUCUUUUAAAAAUUUGUAUGCCGUACCACAUUUGUAUAGAGGUUUUUGUUGUUUUUUUUAAGGAUAUAUUUUCAGUAUGAAGGUUAUUUUCUUAACUUCUGCACUCCAGAGAUUUCUAUUUUGUAGUAUCUUCAAUAAUAUAUCAACUAUAGAUUUAAAAAGCACACUUGAGCAGCUAGGGAACUAUUUUGAAAAAUAUAUUCAAUAUUCAGAGAUACAGUAGUGCUUUAAAAUACUACAUAAAACGUUAUUUUAAAGGUUAUACUGGAAAGUGCAAUUUUAAAAUGAGUAAAACCUCUCUAUUUCCACUGGUGUUAAGGGUUGACGGUGUUACUAUGUGUUAGCCAUGGCGGUUCUGGUUUUUAAAAGAAGUUAAACACUCAGUCUCUCCUUAAGCCAACACUGAAAAGACUUGUCAUACUUCCUGAGUCCAAACACUGGAAAGUGCUCACCUGCCACUGUCGCCCUGCGCUUAUUCUCCGUGUGCCUUUACCCUUAAAAAUGCCCCACCACCUCCAUCUCUCACCCUCUCCCCUCCUCCCCAAAUCCCAAACCAACCCCCGUGUUUGGCAAGUCUAGGACAAACAAGUAACUCUGGUAGAGGGAACAGCUGGUGGGUUUUAUACUACUUCUCCUUGGGUUUUUGCUGGGGUUUUUUGUUUUCUUGUGGGUUUUUUUGUUUGUUUGUUUUGGUGGGGAGGUAUUAUCUUCUAUGUGUGCUAUUUUCAAUAGCAGAGUAAGCACAAGGUUUUAAUAGGUUUGUGUAAGACAUCUUUGCAUAGCCUAUUGCAUUGCCCAAUAUAAAACUUUAAUUCCCAUUCUAAUGCUUUUAUUCAUUUUUGAAGUGUGAGUUUGCAGGGGCAAAGAAUGUAUGUUAUUGCAGACAACACCCCCAAAGGCUGUCGUCAGCAGAGACUUCUGCUUCUAGCUGCCUUAGCAUGUUUCUUGCGAAAUGUCUGUCCUCAAGGGUGUUGCAAGCAUUGUGUUUGUAGAAUGGGGCUUUCCUCUGUUGCUGGGCACUUGGCAGGUGAACUAAACCGGGGUGUGCACCUCCAGAGGAGGAGGAGAGACCUAUAGGAGUUAAAAGAUAGUUUGUAAAUAUCUCCUAAUGCUUGUUUUUAGUCCUUUUUUGUUGUAGAACUUCAUAGUAUGUAGUUUAAUGCAAAAUGAUACCAUUUUGUUUCACUGUUAUUAAAGAGGUUUGUUUUAUUAGGAAAUAAAUGUAUUGUUGCAGUGUUUCGUGCCUGUGUAAAGGCUUCUGUUUAGCAGAGUGAAUGUAAAAUACAGUAAAACGUUAAGACUGUCAUCUGCUUUAUGAACUAUAUCAACGUGGAAUUUUUUUAAAGGCUCAAUCAAGGAAGUGAGGUGUGCAAUACGGUAGCAGAUACAGAAUUGGGUUUUUGUGUCAUGUUAGAUCCAUAAAAUCUUUCCACUCACUGGUUUGUUUUUUUUGAUGGUGGAAUUCUUACUUGUGGAUUAAUAAUAGGAUCAUGGCCUUAGCCAAUACUUUUGUUUUGUUUUAAAUUAAGAGAUCCCCAAAUGCCUUUUACCCUCUCAUCUUGGGAUGAGAGAUGAGCUUUAUGUAUAAGCGAUAUUUAUUUAACUAUUCUAUAAAAUCACUGAGUGCCCGCUGAGGCCUUUAAGCAUUCCUAACAUUCCCUGCCAUCGCUCUUAAAUGGCAGAAAGUAACUGUGCAAUGUUCCUGAUCAUGUGCCCAGCAAGCUGCACCCAACCCCGAACCUGUUGGAACGAGCAAUUCAACAAAGUGCGUUUUGGAUCCGAUCCUCACCCCUGGGCUGUGAGAAAGAUUGUCACAGAGGUUCCCCGGGUGGAACUCUGACCCAGUCUCUACUGUAUUUUACAUGUGCCUGUGAAUUAUUUGCAAGAAAGAAAGAAAAUGGUAUUUUAACAUGGCAACUACCAAACUACCUUAGAAACAAACGUUGGUGACAUAGCCAGCGAAGUGUCGGGGAGCUGCGUCCCCGCGUGGGCCUGUCUGUCCCUGUCGUUUCAGAACCAUUUCAUGUACACUACUGAGGUGAGUUUAUAACUUGAAAUGUGAACUUUUUUUUUUUUAGGGUUAAGAACAAACUAUAUAAAUGUACAAAAAAAAAGUUUUAGAGUUCUGUUUUCAGACAUGCUAGUAGUUUAGUUAUCUUUAGCUGCUUCGUACUUGAAAAACUUUCAUGUAGAUUUGCUCCAUUUACAGUACAUUCACAGGAUGUAUGCAGAAAAUAAAGCUUUCUUCAAAGCAAUUUCAAGACCUUA